GUCUUUACGUCGGCGUCCUCGCUUAGAGGAGCCAUGUUGUUAUUUCGGCAAAGUAUAGUAGGGAUGAGAAGCGGGCGUUUGACGUGGAGUUAGAAGAGUGUUCAUGUUUCCGAGUUUGUGUUUUUUUUCUUUUCUUAACUGAAGGCAGUUUUCAGUACCCUGAAAUACAGAUGGUAAAGAACAAGUUCCGCUGUUUAACAGAAGGGUAAAGAAAGAGGCCGCCUUUACAACAGUUCAUUUUCCUGAUCAGCAAAGCAGAGUUUGAAGUCUGUCUCUAUAGGGAACAGAAGAUGGUUGAUCGACUUGCUAACAGUGAAGCAAAUUCAAAACGUAUUGCGGUUGUGGAGGGCUGCUUUGGAGCAGCAGGUCAGCCACUGGCUAUUCCUGGUCGAGUUCUCAUUGGAGAAGGCGUUCUUACAAAACUCUGUCGAAAGAAACCAAAAGCCAGGCAGUUUUUUCUCUUUAAUGAUAUCCUUGUCUAUGGCAAUAUAGUCAUUCAGAAAAAGAAGUACAACAAGCAGCACAUAAUACCACUUGAAAAUGUAACAAUUGAUUCAAUUAAGGACGAAGGAGAUCUGCGUAAUGGAUGGCUUAUAAAAACACCAACAAAAUCUUUUGCUGUAUACGCUGCUACUGCCACAGAGAAAUCUGAAUGGAUGAAUCAUAUUAGCAAGUGUGUGACUGAUCUACUUGAAAAAAGUGGAAAAGCACCCAAUAAUGAACAUGCUGCCGUGUGGGUACCUGACUCAGAAGCUUCGGUGUGCAUGCGCUGUCAGAAAAUAAAGUUUACUCCAGUGAACCGGCGCCAUCAUUGCCGUAAAUGUGGCUUUGUUGUAUGUGGGCCUUGCUCUGAGAAGAAAUUCCUCCUUCCUAGCCAGUCGUCCAAGCCAGUACGUGUUUGCGACUUUUGCUAUCAUCAGCUCUCCAGUGGGCAGUUGAGUGCAAGCCUACCGACAAGAUCAGACUCUUACAGCAGAGCUUCAAAAUUUUCAACAAAUAAUAUGUCUGAUGAUGACGACGAUGAUGACAGCAGUGACUGAAGAAAGUUGCCUUAUUCUAAUAUUUAGAAUAUUAACGUCUGGGUGUUAAGAGGUUGAAGUGUCAGAAUAAGGAGGAUGGUGCUUUGAAAAAUCGUGUUUUGCUUAAUUCUGUAAUUUAAUGAUAGUUGUUCCAAAAAUGAAUGACUUCAGCCCAUAUUUUACAGAUUUUUGCAAUGUUUGUAUUUUAUCCCACAUAAGAUGCUAAAAGUUAAUUCUCCAUAUUCUCCUUUUUUUUAAUUUUGGAGGGAAUAGGAAUCUUGCUGCUUUAUCUCCGAGUUCCAUGAAGGUUGUCACUACAUGCAAGGUGUAUACAAGCCUAUAAGUAACUUUUUCAGAGCUACAUGCUGAUUUCGUCCUCUGGUUUAUAUCAAGCUGCUUAUUGACAAUAGAAAGAUUAAAGGUAUUUUCUGAGAAUAUUUUAUAUCUAUGUAUGUCAAUCCAUGAUUCUCAAAGAAAGGCAUGUGCCUCAAAGCUGACCUUUUUAAAACUUGACUUUUCUGCAGGGAUAUGUGAACUCUUCUUCCAGAGGCACAUUGCGAUGUAUCAGGUGAAUUAAAAUUGGCGGUUUUGGGUACAGUUCCGCCGGUUGUUUCCAGAGCAGUAUUUGAAGCUCUCUUCACAGAUUAUGCAAAAUAAAGGCCAUUUCUAGUCUAUUUCCAUGUUACCAUUGCUGAAUAUGAGGUCUUUUGCUUUUGAAAGUGAAAUCUUAUGUUUUCUAGUGUUGCUGAUGACAAAUCAGGUCAAAUAUUUUCUAUUUGUAAACUUAAAAACUAUUUUAUAUACAGUAAGAAAAUCUACUUUUUACUAUAACUUUGGAAAGUUUCUUCCUUUUUAUAUAAGGCCUUAUCAACUAGAAAGUGCCUUAAUGAGACAACUCUAAAGCAGGAAUUGCACAUGCGUCUACAUGACACACACAAAAGGUGGUAUUGCAUGAAAAAGUUUGGUAUUAAAUAAAGACAUAUACACGCAGUAAAUCUGAACUUUAUUUCCCUCUAAUCAUCACCUUGCAAGUAGGGAAUGACAGCUUUGCAUUGUCUUCUGUUGCGAUUUUCUUCUUUUUAUCCUCCUUCCAAACCCUCUUCUGCUUAUUCUGAUUGCAUGAAUGGUUGUGAAUGACAGUCUUUUUUUUUUUAUUUACCAGAGACUUUUUUUUUUUUUAAACUAGGAAAAAAUAAAGCAAACUAGAUAGACAUAUUAUACCAAAGGAACUGACAAGAGAACAAUGAACAGUGCAGGCCUGUGCCACAGCUUUCAGAUUGUUCACAACUGAAGUAAAGCAACCAAAGAGCUCAGCUUAUGUCAUAUUUCUGUAAAGAUCAUUGCAUGCAGAAAUGAGGAAGAUGAAUUCUGAAGUCAGAAAAUACAUAAAACCAUCAUGGUUUGGCCAUGCUUAAAAUUUUUAAACAACCAGAAAAUCCAGUUUGACAGAGAGAGCUUUUUAUUUCUUUCUUGCUUUUUUUUAUGCUAUCUAUUGUAUGCCCCAUCCACUAGUGUAAAUUAAAUAAUAUUUAUAUAAAUAGGUUGCUAAUGUUUAAGUUUCAUAAAUUAUGUUUUAGCAGACAGUAAUGUUCAUAUUAAGGGUUUUCAAAUAUUUAGGAACUUUCUGCUUUGUCUUUUAUUUUAUUUUCUUGCCCAUCUCUGACUUCAACCUAAAAUAACCAUUUUACCAUAUUUGUGGUGUCCGAAAUGGACGUGGUUUUGUUCCUCAGCUUAGUGUUCCAUCAUGUAAACAUUUUCAGUUAUAAAUAUCAGUUAAAAUGGUAACAGUGUCACUUUUAACUUUAAUACAUUGGCCGUAUGUGAACUGAUAAGUUUAUUCUCCUACUCUUCUAGCAAGGCGUUAAUCAGAAUAGCACUUUUAAGUCACCCUUAAUCUUUACAAAGCUUCUAACACUACAUUAGGAAAUGGCUGAGUUCACGUGUGCAGUAUUCAGCAGGAUACUGUUUUAUAACCCCAAAAGGAUUUUUAUUUCUUACAGUCAAUCAUAAAUUGUUUAAAAAAAAUAAUAAAUCAUGUGACAGGCAUCAAAAUUUAAUUCAAAAUAUCAGACACUAUAGAUUAUCAUUUUUAACCGCAUGAACUCAUGCUAGUAGAUGCUUUGUUCAAAAAAUAAAUUGCAAUAUUCACCAUAUUUGAUUCUGUCAUGAAUUCUUUGUUAUUUGUAUGACACAGUGGGUGGUAUACAUUUGCUCCACAAUAGAGUACCACCUCUAAAAGUUUUUAGUUUGUUAGAUCUUUUAUUACAUUUAGAAGUUAAGUCCCCAGUGCCUGCUAAGGACUAUUUACAUUAUUCAGAAUUUAUCUCAUUUUCAUGGAUAUAGAAUAGGAUUAAUAAACGUUAAAAACACUAGACCCUGCAGCCUUUCUUGCCCCUAAUUUGGAGAGCACAUUCGCACUUCAUGAGAUGAGAACACAUUCAUUUCUGCCCGCUCAUCAAUGAGUGAGAGAGAGAGAAUAGUAGAUGCAGCAAAAUAAUUUAUUUUUUGGUAUCGAGAAAGAGUAAUAGAAUUGAUCAUUACAGAUUCAAAUUUUUGUAAUCAGAUUUGAGAUGUCAGAGUAAUGUUAAUGAAAAUUUUUCUUCUUGCAUGGAAAAUAAACACACACUUUUCUAUUUCAUGAUA